CAUACUGUACGAUAGCACGAGAGAAAGGCUGGAUGAGCAUGAGCAGGAAGCACUGUGCCUGCAGCCAGACACCGGGCUCUGAUACAGUGACUUGAUCUCCUUCUUCUCCAGUGCCUAAGAGGUUUCGUUGGGCAGGGACAGCUCGACUGCAGACCCUGGGUGCUGAUUAACCUGGAGGCCUUUGCUAAACGUGUGUCCCAGUGUCUGAACAUCCCAGUACCCAUCGCUCUUGGUCUGUUCUGUAUCAGCUGGUGUUCUGUGAAUCUCCCGGAGGCUGCUGCGUGGUGAGGGGUGUGAUGGCCCCACUCACUGCCACGUCCUUUGGUCCCAGGUAUCAACGAGAUUGUUUAGGAAAUGAACAUCUCUGCAAGAUUCAGAUCUUUCUAGGGACCCAUGUCACCACUGGACUUGCAUCUCAAGGCCCAGGAUGGCGUUCUGGUUGGUGGUACGUGUAGAGUAAAGGGGGAUGAUUGAUUAAAGUGCAUAUCCUUGUGCACACGUCCAUUUGAAAGAAGUCAGCAGCAGCAGGUAUUCUGAGAGCUCAUAAAUGUAAUUAUAAAUAACCCCUGGGAGCAGGCCAGGGUUACUAUAAAAAGGCAGAACAGCCGCGUUCCUGUGUCACGGGGCACAUGUUGUGUGGAGCUGGGGCUGCAGCUCUGGGGCUGGUGGAGCUGUGCUGGGGGAAUCACUGCGUGUACAGAUGGGCACCUGGGUCCUUCUGCACAUGGGGCACCAGCACGUGGGCUGGGUGCUGCUGCUCAGCACCUUGGUCAGUGCGUUGGCCAACAACAGCAAGAGAGACCUGGGUCCAGUCAAGGUGGUGGCGAUGGACAUGGCCAACAGCACCUUUGAUGACCAGUACCGGGGCUGCAGCCGCAUGAUGGAGGAUGUGCUGGAGGAGCUGAACCGCACCGAGUUCACCAACCAGGUCUAUGCUGAGGGAUGGCGAACUGCUGCCAUGGAGUGGAGAAAUCGAUGGGGUCGUGCCAACCGCCCACCAGCACUGAGACGGGAUCAGGCCACGGCCAUGAUGGCGUACACAAUGGAGGGGAAGCUGUACCACCAGUUCAACGCGGCCACGCGAAGGGACGGCACCUCCCGGCAGCACUACCUGCGUUCCUUCCCCUUCAAGACGCUGCACUUCCUCCUGACCAGAGCCCUGCAGACCCUGCGGGAAUCCCAGCCCCAGCGAUGCCACCACGUCUACCGCGGCGUCAGCGACACCCGAUUCACGGCACAGCCAGGCACGGUGGUGCGCUUCGGUCAGUUCACCUCCACCUCCUUCCUGAAGAACAUCUCGGAAUCUUUCGGCCAGGACACCUUCUUCUCACUGGUGACCUGCCAUGGUGUCCCCAUCAAGGAAUUCUCCAAUUUCCCCAGUGAGGACGAAGUCCUCAUCCCACCCUUUGAGCAGUUCAUGGUCACCAACUUCACCUCCACCAAGGUCGGAACCUUCAUUGAGCUCCGCUCCCAGGGGAUGAACAGCACCUACAACUGCGAGUUCGUGAAGGAUAAAUGGUGCAAGGAGCGGCCGUGUGUUUUCAUUGCAGGCAGGAGCAGCCCCAUGGAACCCCAGCACCUCUGGGUGCUCCUUGUGGCAGUCACAGCCCUGGCAGCCAUAGCAGAGCCCUGAGCUGCACACACCACCCUGCUGCCAUCCCCUGGAGCUGGACACUUCUCCAUGUCAUUCCCAUCAGUCCUGCUGGCCCCAGGUACUGCCCGAGCUUUUCAGCAGAGCCUUUGCCACUGUUGUUCCACCUGCUGGACAUCUUUGCUUGAGGGUCCUUCCGUGCUCACCUCUACAAUGAGGUCACCUCCAGGCCCCAGGCUAUGCUGCAUGACCAGGCUCUCCUUGCCCCCUCCCUGGAGCAGAUCCCAUUGGACCUGGAUAGCAGGGCGCAGAGCAGCUCUCUACCCAACCCCCUGCCGCGAUCCCACUCCUCCCCUUCCCCUGUACACCCCCAUGGCUUUGCAGAGCAUUAAGUUCCUCCAGCUCCCCAUGCUCCCAAAUAUCCACAAGUUCUCCAACAACAGAGAUGUUCUCUCCAUGAGAGCCCUGCUCACAGCCUGCACCCGCCUCCAGCUCAAUGUUGUAAGUGCUUUUCUUUCCACUGGGAGUGCAGAUGGGUGAAUAUUCAUCCUUUGGUUUGUUAUGUUGAAAUUGUUGAUCUCAGAGGCCUCAGAUGGUGGGGUGAGGACUUCCUUGUCCUCAUCGGGGUGAAAGAAGCCUUUGAUGGGGGAAGCAUAGCAGGGCUUCACUGAGAAGUUGAUGUCCUGGUCCAAAGACUCAUCGUCCUUCUUCUGGAGGCUGGAGGAGGUGAACUGGCCAACGUGGACCAUCUUGCCUUGCUGUGCUGGGAAGAGGGUGCUGAGAGAGCAGUAGAUGUGGUGGCAUCGUUGGGGCUGGGAUUCCCACAAGGUCUGGCUCAGGAGGAUCAUAGAAUCAUAGAAUCACAAGGUUGGAAAGGACCUACAAGAUCAUAUAGUCCAACCGUCCUCCCUUUACCAUGCCUACAGAAAACCACGAAACCAUAUCUCCUAGCUCCCUAUCCAGAUGCCAGAUGAUGAGGGAGGUAAAACCACAGCAGCCCUUUUGGUGCUCAGUGUGGGAUCUGGAGGGAUGAGAUAAUGGCCGGUCUGAGCAGAGCCUGUUCAAGUAGCCAGAAGUCCUCAUCCCACCCUUUGAGGAUGCUGAGCUCCCCAACUUCACCUACGUCAAAAGCAGAACCAUCAUCCAUCUCUGCUCCGAGGAGAAGGGCAGCGCCUGUAAAUGCGAGUGCAUGAAGGAUAAGGGCUGCUGGAAGGAUGGGGGCCAACAGGGGCUGGGACACAGCCCUGGGCAGCUCUGUGCUCCCUGCACUCUUCCAGCCACAGCUGGAAGGGAUCAGGGGACAGAUUGCAUGGCCUCAUCCCCCUGGCAACAUCAUCAUGGAGUCAUGGA